GUGAUGCUUCUUUUACUUGGGAUUGAAAAGCCAACGCCGCGAAGCUUCUCGUACCUUGUCGAGACCGCCACCCUCCUGCUCUCUCUCAUCUCUCAUCUCUCAUCUCUCAUCUCUCGGGGGCGCGAUCGCAAGCGAAGACGAGACGUGAGUUCGAUCUCUACUUCAGCUAAAUGGCGGCGGCUAACGCGAUCUCGGUCUCUGCUUUCGUCACCUCCCCUCGCCAGCGAUGGAGCAUGAGGAGGAGGACGAGUGGCGGCGGCUAUAAGCCGAUGGUUGUUCGGGCGAAGGCAAAGGAUAUCGCUUUCGAUCAGGAAUCCAGGUCUUCCUUGCAGGCCGGUGUCGAGAAGCUCGCGGACGCUGUGGGAGUCACCUUGGGUCCCAGAGGGAGGAAUGUUGUUCUGGACGAGUUUGGGAAUCCUAAAGUGGUUAAUGAUGGUGUAACAAUUGCUCGGGCUAUUGAGCUGGCUGAUCCCAUGGAGAAUGCUGGUGCAGCUCUUAUUAGAGAGGUGGCCAGCAAGACCAAUGACUCAGCUGGCGAUGGUACAACAACUGCAUCUGUUCUUGCUCGGGAGAUAAUUAAGUUGGGUUUGCUAAGUGUUACCUCUGGAGCAAAUCCUGUUUCUGUUAAGAAGGGAAUUGACAAAACUGUGCAGAAGCUAGUUGAGGAGCUCGAGAAGAAGGCAAGGCCUGUGAAAGGACGUGCAGAUAUCAAAGCUGUUGCCUCUGUUUCAGCUGGCAACGAUGAGUUUGUAGGUGAUAUGAUUGCUGAUGCUAUCGAUAAAGUUGGGCCUGAUGGAGUUCUCUCUAUCGAAUCAUCAUCAUCAUUUGAGACAACAGUUGAUGUUGAGGAAGGCAUGGAGAUAGACAGAGGUUACAUUUCCCCACAAUUCGUCACGAAUCUUGAGAAGAUGCUAGUGGAAUUUGAAAAUGCAAAGGUUCUUGUUACUGAUCAGAAGAUCUCAACUGUUAAGGAAAUAAUUCCAUUGUUAGAGAAGGUAACACAGCUAAGAACUCCUCUCCUCAUCAUUGCUGAGGAUGUAACUGGUGAGGCUUUGGCCACACUUGUUGUAAACAAGUUGAGGGGUAUUCUGAAUGUUGCUGCUAUUAAAGCACCUGGUUUUGGCGAGCGCAGAAAGGCUAUCCUGCAGGACAUGGCAAUUUUGACUGGUGCUGAAUUGCAGGCCAAAGAUCUAGGUUUAUUGAUAGAAGAUGUAUCUGUCGAGCAGCUUGGUACAGCAAGAAAAGUAACUAUUUCCCAGAACUCUACAACAAUAAUUUCGGAUGCUGCUACCAAAGAUGAGAUUCAGGCCAGAAUUGCUCAACUGAAGAGGGAGCUUUCGGAGUCAAAUUCUGUUUAUGAUUCUGAGAAGCUAGCUGAAAGAAUUGCAAAAUUAUCUGGUGGAGUGGCAGUUAUAAAAGUAGGUGCUGCAACAGAGACUGAGCUUGAGGACCGCAAACUUAGGAUAGAGGAUGCUAAGAAUGCCACUUUUGCAGCUAUAGAGGAAGGUAUUGUACCUGGAGGUGGUGCUACAUAUGUUCACCUGUCAACAAUUGUUCCUGGCAUCAAGGACAGUCUGGAAGAUCAUGAUGAACGUUUAGGUGCUGAUAUUGUACAGAAGGCACUAGUGGCACCUGCAGCUCUGAUUGCCCAAAAUGCAGGAGUAGAAGGAGAAGUUGUGGUCGAGAAGAUCCUUGAUAGCGACUGGGAGAUUGGCUACAAUGCAAUGGAAGACAAGUAUGAAAAUUUACUUGAAUCCGGGGUAAUCGAUCCCGCGAAAGUCACCAGGUGUGCACUCCAGAAUUCUGCCUCGGUGGCCGGAAUGGUUCUCACAACGCAGGCUAUUGUGGUGGAGAAGCCCAAAAAGAAGUCUUCUGCAAAGUCACAAGCCAAAGGGCUCGCUGUCUGAUUGCUCAAGCAUUUCGACCUCCCUGUUGGUUUAGUUGAACAAGUCAGCUCCCGUCUUUCUUCUUCAUCAGUCUUCUCCAGUUGUUGAGUAUAAUAAGUUCGGUUAAUACUUUCCCACUGUUAUUCCUUUGACGGCAUAAGUUUCUUCAAUCUCCUUUAGUUAUCGUGGAUCAUAAAUUUGGUUAAUACUUGCCAACUGUUAUUGCUCUGGAAGUACAAGUUUCAUCAGUCUCUUCUUCUUGGUUAUUAUGAAUCAUAUUUUUUAUUAGCACUA